CGUUGAGCGAAUCGGACGUGCGAUCGGAAGUUGUGUGCGCUGGAAAUUCAAUAACUGUUUGGCGCCCUCGUCGUGUUAAUUGCUACCUUUAUUUAUUUACGCGUAUUGUUUUUUUUUCUUGUGUGUUGACUGUUUUUCUAAAAAAACAAAAAACAAACCAGUGAGUUAGUUUUGUAUAUCUAUCCGGGUUUUGUUUAACGAAAGAUUCUCGAAAUUCGUGCCAUCGCCGAGAAAAAGAGAAAAGAAGCAGAAAACCAGAGAGAGAAAGAGGAGAAGGUGGAGAGAUUUAAAGCCGAGGAUUACGUAUCUGGGACGGCUGGCUGCCCUUCUGAAUAAAUCGCAGCAUCUGUUGCACAGAGAUGCAUCUGUAGGAUUGGCCCUCUCCCGAGCUAGAGACCAUAACCGACCAUAAAGACUUUAGAGAAGAAAUGGCAGACCAUAAACUGAUACCAGCACUGACCUUGACCCUCAUGGUGACCCUCACCCUCGUGGGCAGCCUUCGGGCCUCCAGCGAAAUCAGCUCCUCGGGCUCCGAUCCCUUGGGCGUCUACUUUGAGCGGGCACCCGAGUCGGCGGUGGCGCCCAAGGACGACGAGGUGGUCUUCGAGUGCGAACUGAACCUGAAGCCCGACAGUCUGGAGUGGCGCUUCCGGCGGAGUGGCUCCACGGAGCCGUACCGCUACCUGCGACCCUCCGCCGGCUACAAUGUGACGAGCGGCAACGAGGACCGGGCCUGGCGGCUGAGGAUCUACGUGGGACCCCAUACCGUAGGCGAUUACCAGUGCGUGGCAUGGUACGGACCCGGAGCCCUGGCCUCCACGCCGGCCCGUCUGUCGCUGGUGACCCUGGCCCUGGAUACGAGUGCCGGGAACCGGGGUGGGUCCAUUCGGUGGAGUGUGGCGCCCAAGAACUGCAUCCUGAUUCGGUGUGGGAGUGUCAUCUCGAAUCCGCCGGCCAUCUGGAGCUUCUACCGGAACGGCGAGAAGGUGCCGCAGACGGAGCUGCUUUCGGGAGCAGCGGGGGCUCUGAUCCUGGACUCGGUGACGGCCAAGGAUGCCGGCAACUACACCUGCGCGGCCACCAAUGCGAUCACCGGCCAGAAGCUCGACCUGCCCCAGACCAUUGAGCUCCGGGUGGACUACACGGAUCGCACUCCCCCCUACUUCCUGCAGCGCCCGCCCACGGAUCUGUCCACCCGCCCUGGGGAAACCAUCGUCCUGGAGUGCCCGGGCGUGGGGUCGCCACGACCCACUGCGGUCUGGAGCAGUCCCAACGUCAUCCUCAAUCCCAAUCGCACCAAGAUCCUGCCCUACGGCCUGCAGAUCACCGACGUCCGGCCGGAGGACCAGGGCUCGUACGUGUGCCUGCUGGACAACGGCCACGACGCCCUGAUGCACAUCAUCAAGCUGAGUGUCCUGCAGCGGCCGGUGAUCCUGCGCGGCCCCGCCUCCACGCUGACCACCGAGGGCGAUCGCCUGGUGCUCGAGUGCUCCGCCUCCGGCAACCCCCAGCCGGACAUCUACUGGCUGCUGAACGGCGAGGACGCGGCCAGCGAUGCGGAGGCCCACGUGGACAAUCGAAGCCUGCAGCUGAACAAGGUCCAGAAGCGCCAUGCCGGCGUGGUCCAGUGCUUUGCCAAAAACAUCCUCGGCGAGACCAGCGAGGGCAACAUGCUGAAGGUGACUCCCCUCCAGAUCACCGGCGAGGGCGACAAGCCCCUCGGAGGAGUGCCCGUGCGGCCCAUGCACGAAUCCCAGGGCGGAGCCUCCUCCACGCCCUCCGGCGGCGGCAAGAACAAGGGCAAGCGGAAGUACAUCCGCCUUGGAGCCAACAUGGUGCCACCGUCCCGCCCCAAUGUGACCCGCCUCUCGGACGAAGCUGUUAUGCUGCGCUGGAGCGUUCCCCAAAACGCCGGCCUGGCCAUCGGCUACUUCAAGGUCCAGUACCGGAUGCUGGGCGACGCCACUGGCACCAUACCGCGGGACACCUGGCAGACGACCAGCGAGAACAUUCCCUACAGCUACGGCUCGAAUACCAAGAGGCCCCGCGGCCGGGACAGAGAUCGCCACGACCAGCACGAUGCGGUGGUUAAUCCUCCGAAGAACUUCACCUACUCGGUGAUGGGCCUGCUGCCGGAUAGAUUCUAUCGCUUCCGGAUCGUGGCCGUAUACUCGAACUACGACAACAAGGAGGGCAACACCUCAGUGAAGUUCUUCCUACAACGCGGCUCCGCCAAGUCCAACUUGCCGGUGCCGGAGCUUCGCGAAGUGGAGGCCUACUCCGAGUCCGCCGUCCUCCUGCACUGGUCGCUGGUCUCCGAUGGCGCCACGUCCCAGAUCGAUGGCUACUUUGCCUACUACCGACCCGCGGACUCGGCGGGCGAGUAUCUGAAGGCCACCGUGGAUGGGGGACACACCAGGAGCUUCAAGAUCGACCAGCUGCUACCGGGUACGACCUACGAGUUCAAACUACAGUCCUUCAAUGCGGACGCCGCCUCAGAGUUCAGUGCCAUCCGGCAGGCCAAGACCAAGCAACUAAGCGAUCCGGCAGCCACCGCCUUGCCCACCACUCCGGUGACGGUCCAGCAGCAGAACUCCAUUCUUCCGGUGAUUGCCGGAGCUGCCGGCGGAGGCCUCCUGCUCUUGAUAGCCACUGUGGUGGCCUGUCUCUGUCUCAGGCGCAAAAAUGUCCAGCCAGAAGAGGAAAACAAACCCAACUUGGAGCACAUUCAAGCCGACUUUGUGACCUCGGCGGUCCUGGGUGUCGGCGGUCACCACAAAAGCGGCGAUGUACGGCGUCUGAACGGCGUGAUUCCCCGCAUGAACAUCACUCCGAAUCCCCUGGCCCAGGAGGCGGCCUCCGACAAGAACCGCAACGUGAUGGAGCUGCGCUUUCUGCCGCCACUAUCUGCCGCCAAUGGCAAUGGCAACGGGAGCCUUCCCGCACAGAUGGAGGACCACAUGGCUUCCGGAGAGGAGCGGAAAGAGCAGCAGACCGAAGAGAAUGAGGAGGAGGAGGAGAUGGAGGAGGACGACAGGGAAGAGGACUCGCCACGGCCGGCGGCAGCCUCGUCCUCCUGCGAAACGCUCGAGGCCUGCGACGAGGGCCUGAAGCUAGGUCUCAGCCCCAAGCCGGAGCCGGGUCGGAGUCCGGAGUCUGCCCUGGAGGCGCCCAGCAAGCCGCUGCCGCCGCUGCCCAAGAAACCAGCCGCGAAUGCUGGCCAAGCAACCUCUGGCCUGCACCAGAACGGCCUGCACCACGCCCAGCCCUACCAUCCGCCCGGCACGCCCACUCUGCUCCACAAGCGCCUCGACUACCACCAGCAGCCGCCGCCAGUGCCACCCCACUCGGCAUACUACCAGCAGGCGCCCGCCCACCAUCACCAGCCCUCGCCCAUGAUGGAGCGCAGCGUCCGAGGACUCCAGCAGCUCCAGCAGCAGCAACAGCAUCACCUGCAGCAGGCUGGGGGCUACCACAUGGAGGAGGGCACUCCCACGCCCUCGAGGAUUCCCUCGCUGAGGCGGCAGCGUCGCACCUCCGGCAGCCAGCACAACAGCCACAGCAAUCUCAACCUGAACCACAACAACAACAACCUGCCGCCGCACCACCAGCACCUGCACCACCACCCCGGCCAUCCCGGUGGCCUGGUGGGGAUACCCAUCGUGCCGGGCAGCCCGCGAGUCCAGCGCUCCCCCAUGCCGAGCCGGGCGAUGAUCAAGAGGACGCGGCUGGGCAGCCACACGGACAACAUAUCCUCCGGCAGUCUCAACAGUAUUGAGGUGUAAAGCUGAGGCAGGAGCCAGGAGCAGGAUCCAUGGAAGGAAGACCACUUUAGGAUUAGGAUUAGGAGCCGAAGUGCGAUGUGUAUUAUUAUGAAUAUUCGUAGAACAGGCCGGCGGAGCUGUCGAAUCCUAUUCUCUUAAGAUUCAGUUCCAUUUUCGUAGUUAGGAUCUAGUUGUUAAAAGUAGCUUUAAGCCAUCAUUACACGUGGAACUGUUGAUUCUGGCCAGUUCCGGCCUGAUAGUCAAUAGAGUUAUUAAUUAUCCUUUUUUUUUUAUUGAAAUAAUUAACUUUUAUGUUCUGCAACUCCUUGGAGGAGGAGGCAGCUCGAAUAAGUCCUGUACGUAGCUCUAGGCUAGACCUGUAGUGUUAUUUAUUUAUUGUCGGACGACUCGAAUCGAUUAGUUCAACUAGUGGCUAAGAUCCUAGGCCCUAAGCACACGUAACUCUCGCGAAUUGUGACUAAUAUUCACCCACAUCUCGUAUUUCUUACACCACCCAUAAAGCAAGCAUCCUAAAUUAGCUAUAAGUAACAGUUUAAAACGCAACUAUACCAAUUUUUGGAUUAAAAAUUUUAAAAA